AUGCCGCGAAGAGACAGUUCGGCGCCGUUGCUAUCGCAGCCCUUGGACGUUCACGAUGUAGUCAAUCCGACUAGAACUUUUACUUAUAUUCUUUUGGUUACGAUAAUUGUAGGUGGUUUACAGCUUUCUUGGUCAACAGAGUUCUCAAAUGGUACCCCCUAUUUACUCUCUCUUGGUAUGUCCAAGACUAUGAUGAGUCUAGUAUGGAUUGCUGGCCCUCUGUCUGGUACUCUUGGUCAGCCCAUAGUUGGUGUUAUCAGUGAUGAAUCCAGAUGGAAAUAUGGGAGAAGACGUCCUCUUAUUAUAUUCGGUGCUCUGGCCACUAUUACAAGCUUACUGGUAUUGUCAUGGUCAAAAGACAUUGUUUAUUGGUUUAGUUUUGAUAAACACUCACUAUCAGAAGAUCAAUUGAGACAGCGAACUAUCCCAUUUGCUGCUCUUUUUGUGUACGUCCUAGAUUUCUCUAUUUCAGUCAUUCAAGCUGCUUCAAGAGCCUAUAUCGUCGAUAAUGUGCCUACCCAUCAGCAAAACGAUGCUAAUGCGUGGGCUGCUAGAAUGACUGGAAUUGGCAAUAUCUUCGGAUAUGUUCUUGGGUCUAUGAAUCUUGUAAAAGCAUUUCCCUGGCUGGGUAAUACUCAGUUCAAGGUUCUCAGUGCAUGGGCAUGUAUAGCUCUUGUAGUCACUGUUACCCCAGCUGUUAUCUAUGUCACAGAACGCGAUCCCAACACAGAUCCUACUAUUGUUUCUCCACCUCAACGUGCUGAGAAUAUUGGAAAGUCCAAAAUUCGUCAGAUCUACAAUGAUACAUAUCAUGCUAUUGUCAGACUGUCUCCUCAGACUCGCUUACUGUGCAAUGUUCAGUUCUUUGCAUGGAUUGGUUAUUUCCCCAUGCUCUUCUAUACAACUACCUAUGUUGGAGAUAUAUAUCGGCGAGAAAUUCUUGCCAGUCGACCAACUGAUGCGCCUCCAUUAACUCAGCAUGAACUCGAUGAAUUAUGGGAAGAAGGGACAAGAAAAGGUGCUUAUGCCCUGGUUAUUUACUCCAUUACAUCUCUCAUUGCCAACUUUGUCCUUCCUUACAUGGUUAGUGACAAGUACUAUAAAACACACAGAGUCACUGGAGAUAUUGACGAAGAUGAGGACGAUGCUGAUAGCACUAUCCAUACCACGACUCAGUUCAAACUUAGACGCAGAUUUGAAAAUUUUGUAGACAAAUACCGCACAUCAGUCGCCAAAAUGUGGACUGCUUCCCACAUUCUGUUUGCAAUCACCAUGUUCUCGACCUUCUGGGUCAAGACCACAUCACAGGCAACUGCCCUGGUCGGUGUUCUUGGUGUUUGUUGGGCCGUGGCUCAUUGGGCUCCAUUUACUAUUAUUUCCGAGGAAAUCUCUCGUGUCAAGGAAAAGAAAGCUCGUGCCCAGGUUUUGGGAACCGAAAAUGACGGUCAUAAAUAUCACAACUACGAGCACGAAGCUGGCAUUGUUUUGGGUGUUCACAAUGUUUUUGUGGCUGCUCCACAAAUGAUCUCUUCGCUUAUGAGCAGUAUUCUCUUCUUAUUUUUCGAUGCUGACGGCUCUGGGGACAGUAUUGGCUGGGUUUUCCGUUUCGGUGGUGUCUUCACCCUCGUGGCCAUCUAUCUCUCACUCUUUAUUAAAGAACCGCAUGUUCUCGACACCGAGGACGAACUAGACUAUUAA